UUUGAGAAAUCAACAAGAGAGUUGGAGGGACCCCCUGGAUCUGACAUCUAUCCCAUUAUCUUGUUGGUUCUUCAUCUUGCUUACAAAAAUCAUCUGACAGUUGCAAGUGGUAUCAUACACAUGUAUGUGUUGGGGUGAUGGCUUGGUUGGAAACAACUGCAGUUACAGUCGUUUAAAACAAGGUGCAUCGAGCAUGCGUUAGUAGCUGGUGGUGAUCGUGAGCUGUGAUUGGUCGUCGGUCCGAUGUGGCGCGUGCGGCGAAGGUUCCUGCUGCUGGUGUUGUUGGUGGGCGUUCCCGUGGUAACGGUGCUGUACCUCGGCCUAGCACGUUAUGAUGGAGUCAGGAGUUCCUCCACCAACCUGCUGGGUUUCAGCAGCCGUGAGCAGGUCCUGGCAGACAGGGUACGGGAGGUGGAGCAGCAGAACCAGAUGCUCAGGAGACAGCUAAGUGGGAUAUCACAGAACCAGGUACAGAAUGUGAACUAUGUAGACGGGAUCUACACUCAGAACGCCAGCACAGACGACUCCGACACAGACACAGGCAACAAGACAGACUGUGUGGUGGAGGACCAGGUGCCCAAGUGUGAGACUAUAGAGGUAGCGAUAGUGUGUGCUGGGUACAACGCCACUCGCGGGGUCGUGACCCUGGUCAAGUCCAUCCUGUUCUACAGGAAGAACCCGCUACACUUCCACUUCAUGUCCGACAGGGCCGCCACCCUCAUCCUGCAGACCCUGCUCAGGACGUGGAACGUUCCAGGAGUAACUGCAAACUUUUAUUCUGCUGAAAAUUUGAAGGAGGAAGUAUCGUGGAUCCCCAACAAACACUACUCAGGAGUGUACGGCCUGAUGAAACUGGUGCUGACCAGAGCUCUGCCCACUGAUCUGGAAAAGGUUAUCGUGCUGGACACAGAUGUGACCUUUGCCACAGACAUUGCAGAGCUCUGGAAGAUCUUUAAGAAGUUUAAGGGGAAGAAGUCGAUUGGUCUGGUGGAGAACCAGAGCGACUGGUACCUGGGGAAGCUAUGGAAGAACCACAGGCCCUGGCCGGCACUGGGUCGUGGGUUCAACACAGGUGUGAUUCUCCUGCACCUGGAGAAGUUGAGGGGGAUGAAGUGGAUGCAGAUGUGGAGACUGACGGCUGAGAGGGAGCUCAUGAGCAUGCUCAGUACCUCCCUGGCUGACCAGGACAUCUUUAAUGCAGUGAUAAAGCAGCACCCAUACCUGGUGCACAAACUGCCCUGUGCCUGGAACGUACAGCUGUCUGAUAACACCAAGAGUGAGCAAUGCUACACAGAGGUGACUGACCUGAAGGUCAUCCACUGGAACUCUCCCAAGAAGCUGCGUGUGAAGAACAAGCACGUUGAGUUCUUUAAGAACAUGUACCUGACGUUCCUGGAGUACGAUGGGAACCUCCUGCGGCGCGAGCUGUUCGGCUGUGAGAAGGUCCAGCACCUGGACGAGGUGGACCAGAAGUUGAAUGCUCUUGAUGAGGAUGACCAGUGCUAUGACUUCAGGCGUGAGCGGGUUCUGAUGCACAGGACUCACCUCUACUUCCUGGACUAUCAGUACCAGUCGGUGGAUGACAAUGACGUGACGUUAGUGGCCCAGCUGUCCAUGGACAGACUACAGAUGCUGGAGGCACUCUGCAGACACUGGGAAGGUCCCAUCAGCCUGGCCCUGUACAUGUCUGAUGCUGAGGCCCAGCAGUUUCUCCGCUAUGCUCUGGGCUCGGAGACUCUCAUGCAGAGGAAGAACGUGGGGUAUCACAUCGUCUACAAGGAAGGGCAAUUCUACCCUGUGAACCUCCUGAGGAACAUUGCCCUACAGCAGGUCAACACCCCGUAUGUCUUCCUGAUGGACAUAGACUUUCUCCCAAUGUACAACCUCUAUCCCUACCUGAAGAAAACAGUGGGGAUGAUGGACAUGAGGAGACAGAAGAAGUCCUUAGUGGUACCAGCGUUUGAAACCCUGCGGUAUCGACUGUCCUUCCCCAAGUCCAAGGCUGAGCUGCUGUCCAUGUUGGAUAUGGGAACUCUGUACACAUUCAGAUAUCACGUGUGGCAGAAGGGCCAUGCACCCACUAACUAUGCCAAGUGGAGAACAGCAACUACACCAUACAGGGUAAAGUAUACACUAAACUGUAAAAGUUGAAUUAUGGUGCGUGACCAGCUGCCUGAGUACGACACCAGAUUUGUGGGGUUUGGCUGGAACAAAGUCUCACACAUCAUGGAGCUGGAUGCACAGGGGUACGAGUUCAUCAUCCUGCCCAAUGCCUUCAUCAUCCACAUGCCGCACGCACCCAGCUUUGACAUCGCCAAGUUCAGGUCCAGCGAGCAGUACAGAACGUGUCUGAAGGUUCUGAAGGAAGAAUUCCAAAAAGACUUGCAACGAAAGUACGGCUUCUCCGCCAACAAAUACGUGGCCAAUGACAGGUGAUGACGGUGAUGGCCGGGAGGCCGGCCGUUUCCAUAGCAACGUAGCCACACCCCUGGACCCCCCACGUGGCAGCUGCACUGCUGCUUCUGUCUGCUGGACCACACCCACCACACCACACCACAUCAGGCAACUUCUGCAGCCAGAUAGCGUAGGGACUGGUUACAUUUAUCUCAGGCCACACCAAGUAAAUUUUAUGGAUGACGUCCUUUGGAGACCCUAAAUCUAAUGCGAGAGGGCGGAAAAAAAACAAGAAGGGCCCUAAAAAACAAGAUGCCUAGAUUAGAAAUAUAGUAAGAGAUGACAAAUGUUAGGACACAAAUUGAAUGAGGUGACACAGUGUAAGAAGGAAGAAGUCUUUUAUUCAUCAUCAAAACAGCAAUACGUCAGGAACAGUGGACAGUGAAAACAGG